CUCCCACACCACCACCCCUCCUCACUCCACGCUCCUUCCCUCACACCACACCACACCUCUCUCUCUCUCACUCGCACUUUCCGCUCUCGUCUCCUCCUCUUCCUCCUCCCGUCAGACCCUUCUUCCCCGGCGUUGAUCCGAUCAACGUCCUCCUCCGUCCUGCCCCUAGAUCCUUGGCCGGGCAGGGAUACGCCGUAGAAUUGAUAGGCGAACGGACGAGGUGGUGAUCGCCAGGGCGGCCUCUCUGCCAUGGCGCGCGGCGGAGGCAACGGCGAGGUGGAGCUCUCGGUCGGGGUCGGCGGCGGAGGCGGCGGCGCCGCCGGCGGGGGGGAGCAACCCGCCGUGGACAUCAGCCUCGGCAGACUCAUCCUCGCCGGCAUGGUCGCCGGCGGCGUGCAGUACGGAUGGGCGCUCCAGCUCUCCCUGCUCACCCCCUACGUCCAGACUCUGGGACUUUCGCAUGCUCUGACUUCAUUCAUGUGGCUCUGCGGCCCUAUUGCUGGAUUAGUGGUUCAACCAUGCGUUGGGCUCUACAGUGACAAGUGCACAUCUAGAUGGGGAAGACGCAGACCGUUUAUUCUGACAGGAUGCAUCCUCAUCUGCAUUGCUGUUGUGGUCGUCGGCUUCUCGGCUGACAUUGGAGCUGCUCUGGGUGACAGCAAGGAAGAGUGCAGUCUCUAUCAUGGGCCUCGUUGGCACGCUGCAAUUGUGUAUGUUCUUGGAUUCUGGCUCCUUGACUUCUCCAACAACACUGUGCAAGGUCCAGCGCGUGCUCUGAUGGCUGAUUUAUCAGCUCAGCAUGGACCCAGUGCAGCAAAUUCAAUCUUCUGUUCUUGGAUGGCGCUAGGAAAUAUCCUUGGAUACUCCUCUGGUUCCACAAACAACUGGCACAAGUGGUUUCCGUUCCUCCGGACAAGGGCUUGCUGUGAAGCCUGCGCAAAUCUGAAAGGCGCAUUUCUGGUGGCAGUGCUGUUCCUGGCCUUCUGUUUGGUGAUAACUGUGAUCUUCGCCAAGGAGAUACCGUACAAGGCGAUUGCGCCCCUCCCAACAAAGGCCAAUGGCCAGGUUGAAGUCGAGCCCACCGGGCCGCUCGCCGUGUUCAAAGGCUUCAAGAACUUGCCUCCUGGAAUGCCGUCGGUGCUCCUCGUCACUGGCCUCACCUGGCUGUCCUGGUUCCCCUUCAUCCUGUACGACACCGACUGGAUGGGUCGUGAGAUCUACCACGGUGACCCCAAGGGAACCCCCGACGAGGCCAACGCGUUCCAGGCAGGUGUCAGGGCCGGGGCGUUCGGCCUGCUACUCAACUCGGUCGUCCUGGGGUUCAGCUCGUUCCUGAUCGAGCCGCUGUGCAAGAGGCUAGGCCCGCGGGUGGUGUGGGUGUCGAGCAACUUCCUCGUCUGCCUCUCCAUGGCCGCGAUUUGCAUCAUAAGCUGGUGGGCUACUCAGGACUUGCAUGGGUAUAUCCAGCACGCCAUCACCGCCAGCAAGGAGAUCAAGAUCGUCUCCCUCGCCCUCUUCGCCUUCCUCGGAAUCCCUCUCGCCAUUCUGUACAGUGUCCCUUUCGCGGUGACGGCGCAGCUGGCGGCGAAGAGAGGCGGUGGCCAAGGGCUGUGCACGGGCGUGCUCAACAUCGCCAUCGUGAUACCCCAGGUGAUCAUCGCGGUGGGGGCGGGGCCGUGGGACGAGCUGUUCGGCAAGGGCAACAUCCCGGCGUUCGGCAUGGCCUCCGCCUUCGCGCUCAUCGGCGGCAUCGUCGGCAUAUUCCUGCUGCCCAAGAUCUCCAGGCGCCAGUUCCGGGCCGUCAGCGGCGGCGGUCACUGAGCAUGGCCAAGGCCGGAGGUCCCAGCCCAGCCCGCCAUUUACCAAAUUUUCGCAUAGGCGUAACUAGGUGGCUCUCGCCUAAGGACUCCGUAGAGCAGAAUAAGAAUUGUGAGGAACCUGUAUGUGUUGUGUCUGUAUGUGCGUGUAAGUCAGUGCGUGUAGCGGAAAAUGGACAGAGGAAUGUGGGCAUCCAUCACCGGCUGGGGUGUCGUCUUUGGGUUGUGACUUGUGUGUAGCAAACCAAGGUGAUCAAGUGAGGGGAAAUGAAUGGAUGAUGAACUUUCAGCGACAUUAAA